GACUUCCAUGACAACGGCACGCGCCGGGGUCCUAACGUGAGAGGGCAAGUUUCAAACCAUCGGCGGGAGAAAACGAUUGAAGGUUUUUUCAUUAUCGAUAUUUUAUUGUUAUCCUCGAGUCGUUUUAAUUAAAAAAAAUAUAUAUAUAAAUUCUAUAUUGUUAAUUAUAUUUAAACACCCCAUCAAUAUCAUAAGUAUACCCGUGAGCUCUGCUUUACCGCCCUUCCUUAAUUCUUUUGACUUUCUACAACUUCGUCUAAAAACUGCAUGUCAUAAACACCACAUUCUCUUGGGAUUUUUGCAGUGUUUCAUCAGAAUGCAGUCUUCUAAAUUUGUAGUCAAGUGUGGGAAUUUUGCCGUGCUGGUGGAUCUUCAUGUACUGCCUUUAGGCGGCCAAGACAAUGCCAGCUGGUUCUCUCCAGAGCACAGGAAGGAAGUGGGCUCCCUGAUUAGAGAAGCAUUGGAGCUGAGGGUGAGGCAGUUUCAAGAGACCAGAUACCAGAAGAUCCAGCCCAAACCGAGGAAGGAUCUCAACUUGACCGCCCCACUAUGUCUUCAAGGUGUGAAUGUUCGCCUGUCGGUGCACUUCAUGAAACGACAUGUCAACCUGAGAUGCAUUGUCAGGCAGCACUACAGAGAGUUGCGUGUGUUUCCCGAGCGUGUCGUAGUGUGUGCCAGUCCUCCAGAGAAUUCUGCACUUCCCAAUGGAAAUCUGAAGCUGGAUGUGAGUGAACCAAGCCAUUCAAAGUAUUUUUCGAGCUCUGUCGAGACAACAGCCCCUUUACCCAGCUCCACAGCUACAAAAAGAGCCAUCCUUCAGAAGAUUGCCAGGCAGGCUUGCAUCCAACCCCAACAGUGCCAAGAUGAUCAAGAGUCCAUAUCAGCCCAAUUCCAAGCAGACAAAUCUGAGAAGGGCUCUUCCGAAACAUGUCAUCCUGUCACCAUAUCGUCUGGCAGCUUUCUCAAGGGUGAGUCAUUGGAGGAAGGGAAAGCCGUGUUGUCAUCUAAAUUAAGUAACAGUAAAGAGGUCACUGAACCACAUCUUGAUUCUACCGGUCCGAGGAGACGACCACGGACCCCAAGUAGCUCAGGAGAAGAUGCUGACCACCAAAAGAAAAAAAAAUCACAUCUUGGAGAGCCUGCAGCAUCAAGUGAUUCCAACAAUCCCUCUUCCGAUAUUGCCGCACCAGACUCUGUUUGCAGUCCCCAGCCUGAGAUUUCACAGACUAACCAUAGCGGGCUGGCAGCAAGUCUGAAAGCCCUAUCCGUCAAGCCCGUAUCCUCUGGCUCCUCUAUUAGUUCUUGAUGGUUGGU